CAGGCCAGGCUCUAGUUGACAACACCAUUGUGACCUCUGACCUCAGACUCUGCUCUGCCUAUGUAGUCCAGAAUGGCAUUCUGAUGGGAACUCUGACUGUAAGAGAGAAUUUAGCAUUCUCUGCCAAUCUUCGCUUGUCACGCAAAGAGUAUUCCUCAGCUGACAAGAAGAUGAGGGUUGACUCCGUCAUUCAGGAGCUCGGCCUGAAAGAUUGCGCAGAUACUAAGAUCGGGACCAUGUUUUUGCGUGGUGUUUCUGGUGGAGAGAAGAAGAGGUGCAGCAUCGGGAUGGAGCUCAUCACGUCCCCCUCCCUCCUGUUCCUGGAUGAGCCCACCACAGGCCUGGACGCCAACACUGCCAACGCCAUCAUAGAACUGCUGCAGAAGCUCUCCAAAAAGGGUAAGACUGUGAUCUUCUCCAUUCACCAGCCGCGCUACUCCAUCUUCAGCCAGUUUGACCACCUCACACUCAUGAAUAAAGGAGAAAUCAUCUACGCAGGGGCCGCCAACAAAGCCAUUACCUACUUUGAGGACUUGGGUUACAAGUGCGAGCCAUUCAACAACCCGGCAGACUUCUUCCUGGACGUCACAAACCGAACCGUCCUUCCUCAAAUACACAACAAUCAAUCAGACAAGUGUAGCAGCAGUGAGGAGAUGGAGGAAAAUGAGAACCCUCUGGCGGUCAUUUACAGACAGUCCCCUCAUUUCCUCAAAGUAAAAGACAGACUCAGUCAGAUUUCAGAUGGGCUUGAGGUCACUAAAGGUGACAGGGUCGGUUACGCCACACCUUUCUAUUACCAGCUCAUGCUGGUGAGUGGCCGCACCGUAAGAAACAUUUGGAGGAAUCCUCAGACAUCCUACGCCCAACUCUUCCUCAACAUUUUCUUUGGUAUUUUAGUGGGACUGAUCUACUACCAGAUCCCACACACUUUACCAGAGGCUCUUCAGAACAGAACGGGAGCUUUCUUUUUUCUGGUCAUCAACAUGGUGUUUGGCAAUCUGUCUGCGGUGGAGCUCUUCAUCAGCGAGAGAGUGCUCUUCAUCCAUGAGAACUCGAGUGGUUUCUACUGCACCUCUGUCUACUUCCUGUCCAAAGUGUUUGCCGACCUCAUACCAAACCGCAUCCUCCCCGUCUUCAUCUUUUCUGCCAUCCUGUACUUCAUGAUGGGUCUGAAGCCUGACGUGGAGGCCUUCUUCCUGUACUGUUUGACCAUGAGUAUGGUCAGUCUGUCAGCGGUGAGCUUGGCCUUCCUUGUCAGUGCCAGCGUGGGCUCCUUUGCCAUGGCUAACAUCCUCAUCGCGCUGCCUUAUGUCUUAAUGAUGGUGUUUGGAGGUUUCCUAGUUAACCUGAAUUCAAUGCUGAGCUGGAUGUCCUGGCUGAAGUGGGCCAGUAUAUUCCGAUAUGGCUACAAUGCACUUGCCAUCAAUGAACUAAAAGAUCAAGUCUUUACCAGUAACUACACCAGCAGUGUGAGAGGUGACAUGUACCUGGAUCAUCAAGAGAUCGACCACAGCACUUGGGGCUUUUGGCAGAACCAGGAAAUCACACAUGUACAGUGAAAUAUGUCAGCCACACACAGAAUCCACAACUCGCUACCUCAGUUUCUUCAGACCUGCUACCUCCAAAACUACCUGUGACAUGAAGUAUAAAAUUGCUUGGAACUUUGUAAAUGUUUAAUUUUAUAUAAAAGUUGUAAACUAAAUACAGAUGCUGUGAAUGAUUAAAAAAGAAAAAAAAUGUAUGUCUCGCAUGUGCUUUUAUUUUGAUUGGUUUGGCAAAUUCCCUUAAAGAAACACUCCUGAUUUUUGAUUUUGAAAUUGUUGAAAAUAGGCUCAUUUUCCA